AUGCAAAGAUACUCAUUGCAAUGGUUAGGGGACGUCACAAUUGAACAUGUACCGAGGAAAGAAAACAAGCAAGCUGACGCCUUAGCCGCAUUGGCUUCAACUAUUGCUCAUCCUGCAGCCCGAAUACAAGUAUGUCAAAGGUGGGUGGUUCCACCAAUCUUUAAUGAAGACGGCUCAGUUGAUGAAACUGUUGAACUCCAUACUGCCUCAGUGUAUGAUAUAGGCAAAGACGACUGGAGGCAACCGCUAAUUGACUACCUCACUGAUGGAAAGUUACCUGAAGAUCCCCGUAAAAGGGUGGAUAUAAAGCGUCGAACUCCUCGCUUCAUCUACUAUAAAGAAAUAUUGUAUCGUCGUUCCUUUGAUGAAAUAUUUCUCCGAUGUCUAGGGGAAGAGGAAGCUUUACAAGCUAUGCAAGAAGCUCAUUCUGGGGUUUGCGGUGCACAUCAAUCCGGUCCCAAGUUGCAUUUCCACAUUAAGCGAAUGGGAUAUUAUUGGCCUACAAUGGUAAAGGAUUGCAUAGACUAUGCUCGAAGGUGCCAAGCUUGUCAAUAUCAUGCAAACUUUAUCCAUCAACCACCAGAACCUCUGCACCCAACAGUUGCAUCUUGGCCAUUUGAUGCUUGGGGACUUGAUGUGGUUGGCCCAAUUACGCCUAAGUCAUCUGCAGGGCAUGCCUACAUACUAGCUGCCACCGAUUACUUUUCAAAGUGGGUGGAAGCCGUGGCAUUGAAGGAGAAAGUGGUCUCAAAAUCGAAAAGGGACUGGCAUGACAGAAUGGAAGAAGCUUUGUGGGUGUAUAGAACCACAUAUCUCACACCUACUCAAAGCACUCCAUAUUCUUUGGUGUAUGGUGUGGAAGCGGUCUUGCCUCUAGAGCGCCAAAUACCUUCCUUAAGGUUGGCUAUACAGGAGGGUCUUACUGAUGAAGAGAAUGCCAAGUUACGCUUGGCUGAGUUAGAAGCCUUGGAUGAAAAACGUCUGCAAGCGCAACAAAGCUUGGAGUGCUAUCAAGCUCGUAUGUCUAGAGUUUUUAACAAAAGGGUAAGGACCCGUUCCUUUCAAAUUGGGGACAAAGUCCUAGCUGUUCGCAGGCCCAUCAUCGUCACGAGAAAAACCGGUCACAAGUUCACUUCAAGGUGGGAUGGUCCCUACAUGAUUUUAGAAGUUUACACCGGUGGGGCUUAUAAGCUAAUUAGUGAAGAUGGUUUGAAGAUCGGUCCGAUUAAUGGAAGGUUCCUAAAGCUUUACCACCCUUAA